GAAACAAAUGAACGAUAAUCAGAAUCAGACAACAAUCACAACCGUUACGACAACCACAACAACGACUUCGAGACGUACGCACGGUGAGGAGACCGAAAGCCAAGAACGAUACGAGUUCAAUGGCGGUGGCAGCACCAUUUCCACGGCCACCUAUGAGCGCCAACAACAGCUUAACACCAACACCCAGCGAGAAUAUCCAAAUCUCAGUUUCUAGCACAACGACAACGGCAACCAACCCUAACACUCAGUUCAUCGAAGGCGAGCAGAAAUACCAUCAUCAGGCGAAUCCCGGUAAGAAACUGCAGCCAACGCGGCCAGAACGUCGUGGCCGCUCUCCCAGGCGAAGACCCCAGGCUACAGUGAUACCAACCCAAGAACAACCCGCAAUCGAAAUUCAAUUGGAUCAGCAACCCCAACAACAGCAUGAAGAACUCUUCCUUCCAAUCAAUGACCGGACUAGAUCUCGUAGCCCCAUGUGGGUACCUGGCUCGACCUCUUAUGCCGAGGUUUUGCGAGGAUUGGAACUUGAACGCCUUAAGGCCGAACAACUAGCCGCCCAGCCGGCUCAGGGUCGUACAGAUCUUACAAUUCAGGAUGUGGUAGAUGCCAGUACAGUAGUUACGGGUGGUAUUUACGUAACCGAGCCUGCACCAGAGCCCAUCAAAGAAACACAACAUCAACCGCAACUAGAACAGUACAUCACCGAGACCAGCACUGAACUUGAUUAUUCUUCCACGCAGCAGCCACAAUUGCAGCAGCCACAGCAACAGCAACAAACAUCCCUCAGUAACUACGAAGUGCCAAUGACUGCUGAAGAGAUUGCAGCCACUUACUUGCAGCCCGAUCCUCAACUGUAUCAGACAAUGUACGAGAACGUGGCCGAUAGUGGCCAAUGGAGUUAUGUGACAGGAUCUGCCACGGAUCCGCAACAGCAGCAGCAGACGCAACCGAACUAUUACGAGCAGAUUAUGCAGAUGCAGUAUCCCAUACAGUAUCAGCAGGUGGCUGUACCACCAGCGACAACGCAGUAUCAGCUUUUGGCAGGUUACUACCAGCCGGUUGCUCAGGCAGAACCAUAUUCCGCGGUCUAUUCCGCAGAUCCAAAUCAGAUCUACUAUGCCCAGCAACCAGCUGAGUACUCACAGGAAUACCUACAACAACAGCAGCAGCAAAAUGAACCCUUGCACGAAUAUCAACAGGAUACUGUUGGCCAGACCUAUCUGAUUGAUUCCUACGAUAUAGAGAACACAACACUCGCCUCGGCCACGGGUAACAGCGUGCUGGAUCGCGUUGUUACCACAUUGGCAUCGAUGGUUCAACAGAGUGCCUCAGAGCCUCUGACCACCAGCACCCAGCAAAUCCAAUCAACGGUGGUACCAAGCGAACCCUACUAUAUUGAGGAACAUGUUCAUAUGCUGCGACCUGUGGAGCCACAGGAGUUCGAGGUGGAUGAACCGAGACCGGAUAUUACUUUCGGUCAAUUUGAUGUUGAUGCUAUCGAAACCAUACCAUUGGAUGAGCCAAAAGUCUCUCAAAUCGAACCCCAACCCCAAAUUAAGGCCCAAACAACGACAACAAGCUAUGUAACGGAGACCACAAUUGUCUCCGAACAGACACAGCCAACUGUGAUAAUGCAGCAGACUCAAGAAGUCGUCGCAAUCCCAGAUGUUCCCAAGAUCCCAGAAGUACCAAAAACUGUCACCGUGCAUCCCCGGCCUCAGAGGCAAAACAAUAAUGAAGUCCGGCAACAGGACAUUAGUACAGGCAGCACUUACGCCGAAGUCCUUUUUGGUCUUCACCACAGUCAACAUCCAGUUUUCCAGCCAUCCAGUCAGCAACCAACCCCAGUGCGCCUCACGUCCUCGCCGCCCUUGCAACGCAAGCAGGAACAGACUACGAUAACUACUUCUACCUUUACCAAUAAAUCCAAUCAGCAUGCCAGACAUGUCGAGAAAUCGCCAACAUGGGAACGCAAGUUCGAAAAUGUUGAUACACGAACAUCACGAACAAAGAGGGUAAGGCACGAACCUCAACCGGAACCAUUGCCUAUUAAACAGAGUACCAGGAAAGAUGGUAAGACUGGCAAGAAAUCCCAGUCUCCGGAUAGAAAUGGUGUCGCUUUGGUUGAGACCAAGGUAGUUGUGGAUGCCCCAGCUCCCAUUCCGAUAGUUGAAGAGACAGUUAAGCCUGAGCCAAAGCCAAGGAAAUCAAAGAAACCCAAAAAUAGCGAGGCCAUUAUUCCAAUUGUGGAGAAAAAGGAUGAACCAGCUGCCGCUAAUCUAGUGCCAUCUAAAAAGGAUAAAAAACUAGCCCAGCCUGUUGUGGAGAAAAAGGAAACGGUGGUCGAGACAACUGUGAUAACGAAAUCAGUGGAACCCGCUGUUGAGAUCAUUCAGCCAGGAGAAUCAGCUCCAGCUCACCCAAAGAAGGAAAAGAAACAAAAACCAGUCAAGGAAAAGGAAGCUCCCAAGCCAGAAGUCAUAGUUGCAGAAGUGGCACCUGUUGCUCCAACCCGAAAGGAGAAGAAACAAGUCAAGACGGUUGUUCAGGAAACUGUCAGCAUCCCUUCUAAUGACCCUAUUGUGAAAAAGGAAUCUUCAAAGCUUGUUGUCAUUGAGCCAAAAUCAGAAGUAGAAAGCAAGAAGCCCCAGGCUCCACUUGAAGCUGUUGAGAAAACAGUUGAAAAGGAGAUUGUCCAAACUACUGUCGUGGAAGACGUAGAAUAAGUUAAACCUUCGGCUCCAGCUCCAGUAUCUUCGAAGAAGGACAAGAAAAAGACCAAGACAGUUCUUGAGCAAGAAGUCAAUAAGAAGACCGUUGAACCUGUUAUUGAAAAGGAAAUCGUUCAACCAUCUGUAAUUGAAACAACGGAAGUUGUUCAAACUAUGGAGCAGUCCAAGACAGUAGUGGAAUCCUCAGAGCAAGUUCAACCAGAAGUUCCUCCUCCAGUGCCCGCAAAGAAGGAUAAAAAGCGAGCUAAGAAGGAACUUAAAAAGGAUGAUAUCAAAACUCCUUCGACACCCAUUGAAUCUGCUCCAGUGGAAGUUAAUACAGUGAAAACCACUAAAACAAUUACUGUAGAGAACACUGUGGUAUCUGAGCCGAUUGUAUCUGUUCAGGAAACAGUUAAAGUCACCGAGAAAUCACAACCUUUGGUAGAACCUAUUCCUGAAAUAACCCCUGAAAAGGAAGAACAGUUCAUUCAACAAGAACUGGAACCUAAAGUUGCAGUUACUGUUGCCCCCACCGAUAUUACUGAGACCAUGAUCGAGGGUGAACCUACGGUUACCACAUCGACUAAUACCAUCUCAACGGAAAGUGGAACUACAACCAUCACAACUCGUACUAUAACCAAGCACAUCACCAAGCGCAUAGUAAAGCGUAUUGUAGAUGGCAAGGAGGAGAUCGUGGAAGAGGAUGUCAUUGAUGAUUUGCCCGAAGAAAACAUCUCCGUUGAGCAAUACAACCUGCCAACGAUUGAAACCACCACAAGUGAGGUUCCCAUUGAGGUCACUGGAUUCUCUACAACACAGGACACCAUUGUGCAGCAAGGAUCGAUUACUAAGACUGUUAUUACCAAGACAAAACGCAUCCUGAAACGUAUCACCGAAGACGGAGAGGAAAUUGUUGAGGAAGUCUUCGAAGAUGAACCUGAGGUGGAGCGUGAUGUUACUCUGCUACCGACCACUGUUGUGACUUCAAUGGAAGUGAUCAAGGAUGCUGCACAUAAUGUGGUUGAGGAAGUCUUAAAACAAGCUGAG